AUGUUCGAGGCUUCUCCACACUUCGCCGCAGCACGUCUGUCGUCUGGGUCGUACUCGGGUAUAAAGCGACGAGCGGUCAGCGCACAACGAUGUUUCGAUCCCAACCGCGAAUGUCCUCUGAUCACCGUGCCAUUUUGCAGUCCCAUGGCGAAAAAGAAGGGCACCCAAGCCCCGGCGGCUGCCACCACUCGCACCGCGACAACGACCAGGUCGGUGUCUAAUUCAACGCCCUCUUCGGAGCCCGCUCUGGCGGCCGCCCCUCGCCCUUCCCAUGCAACCUCAAGAGGUGAUGUAACCACCAAUGUGCCGAACUGUGAUUCACGUGGGCAAGCCCAAGCGGGGCGUGCUGCGACGGGCAAUGGGAGUGUAUUUUCCUCUCGAAUCGUCACCAUCCAGGUGGGACACGACCGGGCUCCGUUUUCGAUCCACUCGGGCUUCUUGUCACCGUCGAAGGUUCUCUGCCAAAAGGUGCAGGUCUCGGGACAGGAGAACUCCGUCGUCCUCAAGGACGUGGAAAAAGCCGCCUUUGAGAUUCUCCUGUGUUAUUUGUACGGCCAGGACUACGAACGGUUCGAUUCGACCCUCAACCCACGGCUUCCGGAUGGGCAAGCCCCUGCUUGUUUGUUGACGCGCUGUGGGAUUCUCCUCCGCCUGGGGAUUCAACUCGACAUUCCCUCCCUCCAAGAAGAGGCGAUGGGUCGGAUUUUGUCAAUUGAACAGGUCGACUACGCGAGCAUUAUGACGGUCGCGCAGAAGAUGUUUCAAUCCCCGACCACGCCGGAUGCUCGCUUCCUGUCGUGGUUCCGGGAACAAACGCGGACGGCGUUGCGCGCUCGACGUCUAGAGGACGAGGAUUACGUUUUGGACGCCAUCCGUGCGAGCGGCGGACCUCUCUGUCUAGAGUUGUUCACAUCUCUUCGGGACCACCGUUCGCGACGGUCCUCUCUCCCGUCCCUCAGUUCUGCAACGCACUCCGACAUGUCUGACGAGGGUUCAUUCACAGAGCAGCUCGACCAAGAAAUCGAAGGCUUGAGCCUGGACGGGCACGGGGCAGCUGCGGAAGGCGGAUCACCGCCGGGGAGGCAAGAUCUUCGGGGCGAGGACGAGGGUGAAGCCAUCGCGGCGGCCGACGUUUUGGAGGAAGCGGAUCAGAGUGCAGUGGUGGUCGACAUGGCCGAAGUUGUCCAACUUCAAAUGGCAAGCCACCACGAGGUCUCGAGCUCGCCGGGAGAGGCGCCAGCCCUCCCUCCCGACACGGCUUGCUCACACCGAGAAACGCAUCUGGCCGAUCCGAUAAGGUGGAGAUUUUGUGGGCAGUGUCGUGAGGAGAUCAUGUCCAUCGUGAGGGCACUCAGGAGUUGA